AUGGCGGUGAGUCUACGUAAUGGCAGAGAUCUGGAUGUAGAGCAAGAGAGGGCUCAAGAAACUAGACAGGCUGAGACACUUAUACCAGUGCCUAUUGAGCUGGAUGAGUCAACGAAACGGAUAGAGAAGAGACCUCCUGCACCUUUCCCUCAGAGGCUGGCUAAGUACCAAAAGGAGGAGCAAUACAAGAAGUUCUUUGAAAUGCUGAAACAAAUCCAAGUAAACAUACCAUUGAUUGAAGCUUUGAAAGAGAUGCAUGAUGCAGUGGUGACAAGACCAAUUGCAGAAAAGCUGUCUGACCCAGGGAGCUUUACAAUUCCAUGCACUAUUGGUAAUUUUACUUUUGCUAAAGCACUGUGUGAUCUAAGGGCCAGCAUCAAUCUUAUGCCCCUGGCGAUUUAUAAGAGGCUGGGCAUUGGAAGAGAUAGACCCACCUCUAUGUUGUUGCAGCUGGCUGACAGGACUGUAGGGAAAUUUGUAUUCCCUGCAGAUUUUGUGAUCUUAGACUGCAAAGUGGAUGAAGAGAUUCCCAAAGACCAUUCUUUGCCACAGGGAGAGCUCUCAUUGAUUGUGAAACCGGGGAGCUCAAGAUGA